AGAUUUGAAUGCUCUGGGCUCAGAUCUUUUUCCAAACGAUGAUCUCAACUAAAGUUUCCUCCGUCAGCCGCAGGAAGGAGAAGCAGAGAAAUGUCUUCGACAAUAAUCAAACUAUUGAUUUCUUUGGUUUUUAAGUCGUAAUCUGCGGCGGGAAGAAACCGGAAAAACAAACGGUGACUAUGCGGUUCAAACAAAGGCGGCCGUGAUUUCUUCUUGCUGGUUUUCUGUGGAGCUGCUGCUGCUGCUGCUGCUGCUGCUAGCCAACCAGGGCGGGCUGGGUCCCGUUACAGUCCGGACCGGCGGCUCGCCAACAUGUCGGCGGAGGAGCAGGAGUACCCCGAGGCGGUGCUGGUCACCGAAGCUGGGCCGCAGUGGCUCCGAGCUGAGGUGGAGCGUCUGACGCGGGAGCUCCGGGAGACCAGCCAGGAGAAGAUCCAGGCGGCGGAGUACGGACUGGCGGUGCUGGAGGAGAAACAGCAGCUCAAGCAGAGGUUCGAGGAGCUGGAGUCCGAAUACGAGACGGUCAAGCAGGAGCUGGACCAGCUGAAGGAGGCCUUUGGGCAAGCUCACACCACGCACAGGAAGGUGGCGGCAGAUGGGGAAAGCAGAGAAGAAUCGCUGAUUCUGGAGUCUGCCAGUAAAGAGGCUCUCUACCAGCAGAAGGUUCUGGAGCUGCAGAAUGAGCUCCGACAAGCCAAAGCCUCCCUCUCCAGUGCGCAGGCGGAAAACGAUCGCUUGGCAUCCAUCGCUCUCGAGAUGAGAGAGAGUUCCGAGCUGGCCGAGCUGCAGCGCUGCCAGCUGCGAGAUGACAUCAGGGAGUUCAAGGUGCGAGAGGGCAGACUGCUGCAGGACUACAGCGAGCUGGAGGAGGAGAACAUCUCCCUCCAGAAGCAGGUGUUAGCGCUGCGGCAGAACCAGGUGGAAUUUGAAGGCCUGAAGCACGAGAUCCGGCGUUUGGAGGAAGACUCUCAGUACCUUCACAGUCAGCUGGAAGAAGCCGUGAGACUGAGAGAGAUCGCUGAGCGGCAGCUGUCCGAGUCGUUGGAGACCAUAAAGACGGAGCGCGAGCAGAAGGCCACGCUGCGCAAAGAGCUCUCGCACUACAUGACCAUCGGCGGCUCUUUCGGUUCCUCCUUCGAUAACUCCAAACUUCACGAGGACUCGGCCGUCAUCGAACCCGACAACGACGAUCUGAUCAGAGGCUUUGAGAACGGUUUAGUCAAAAUGAGUGAUGGCGAUGAAGACAACAGGACUGCCGUGAACAAGCGAGGAGACGCCUACAAGCCAGCUCCAAGCCUGGUGGACGACCUCCUGAGCGAGCUCAACAUCUCAGAGAUACAGAAACUGAAGCAACAGCUUUCACAGGUUGAGCGUGAGAAAGCGGCCCUGAUGAACUCUCUGCAGGAGAGCCAGAAGCAGCUGGACCAGGCUUACGGCACGGUGUCGGAGCAAAAGGAGGCGGUCAACAGGCUGACGGAAAACCUCAGCGCCAUGCGGAAGCUGCAAGCCACCAAAGAACGCCAGUCUGCCCUGGACAGCGAGAAAGACCGGGACAGCCACGAUGACGGGGAUUACUACGAGCUCGACAUCAACGGGCCGGAGAUUCUGCAGUGCAAAUACACCGUGGCCGUGUCCGAAGCUGGAGAGCUGAGGCAGGAGCUGAAGACGUUGAGGGCGCAGUACCAAGAAUGCCGAACGCGAUAUGAGGAGGAGCGAGCACGGCUGGACAGUGAUGUCCAAGAUUUGAGGUCGAGGCUGUUGUCCUUGGAGAAGAUCAGUCAAGCCGACAAGCUGGAGGUGUCUCGACUGGAGAAGGAGCUCCGGAUAGCCAGCGAGGCGGCCGGAGAAUCCCUCGGCAGCCUCAACGUCGCCCAAGACGAGCUCAUCGCUUUUAGCGAGGAGCUGGCCAAUCUCUACAACCAUGUGUGCAUGUGCAACAACGAGACCCCAAACCGAGUCAUGCUGGACUACUACAAGGAAGGCAAGGCCAUGGUCAGGAAAGGCGAGGAAGCGAACAGCACAGUCACCACGUCUCCGGGCCCCGAGCACCGCCCGGAACCCAUGAACGUCUACAACCUGGUAGCCAUCAUCAGGGAUCAGAUUCGCCACCUGCAGCAGGCGGUGGACCGCACCACAGAGCUGUCCCGCCAGAGACUGGCCAACCUGGAACUGAGCUCAGUGGCAGACAAGGACAAAGAGGCCUGCAUGGAGGAGAUCCUCAAACUGAAGUCCCUGCUCAGCACCAAAAGGGAACAGAUCGCCACUCUCAGAGCCGUCCUCAAGGCCAACAAACAGACAGCCGAGGUCGCUCUGGCUAACCUCAAGAGCAAGUAUGACAGCGAGAAGGCAAUGGUGACGGAGACGAUGAUGAAGCUCCGGAACGAACUGAAGGCUCUGAAGGAGGACGCAGCUACGUUCUCCUCCCUGCGAGCCAUGUUUGCUACGAGGUGUGACGAGUACGUGACCCAGUUGGAUGACAUGCAGAGGCAGCUGGCUGCUGCCGAAGAUGAGAAGAAGACUCUGAAUUCCCUGCUGCGGAUGGCCAUCCAACAAAAGCUGGCUUUGACUCAGCGGCUGGAGGAUUUGGAGUUCGACCACGAGCAGGCACGUCGCAACACAGCCACCGCCGGGGGAGGCAAGGGCAAGUCGAAGGGCAGGGGAGCGUCCUCCAGCCACCAUUGAACCUAUCAAGCCAAGUGUCCUUAUGGAAGUCCAUCCAUCCGCUGCAGCUCCAGGAUCAAAAUCAAGUCAUUACUGAGAACAUUUUUGAACAGCUGUUGCCAAGCACUUCUUUAAAAUAAAAUAAAAAUGCAGUGCCAAACAAGUAUGUAAAAUGUCAUCAAGUCGACAGUCUUCCAACACAACGCACCACUAGAGCCGAGACGGAAGGAAGAUGCGCCGACUGCUCGUUGCCUGUUAACCUGACUGAGCACUUUUUCUUGUUCUUUUUACUUCUUUGCUUCUCUCUCUUUCAUAUUUAGUCUAAAAAAUGUCUGUUUCAAAGUAUUCUUCCGCAUCUGGAUAAGAUGUAUUUGCCAGAUACUCCAUCAGUGUUCCAAGAAAGACAAAUGCAUUUCAAACCUAUUUAUACGUUCACCGCAGAUGUUAAUGUAAUGUAUGCAGAAACUUUACCCAUGACGGUUUUUAACAUUUUAUACAGUUUUUGAAAACAUAUAUAGUAGUCCUAUGUUAUCUGUGCCAUUUGUGUGUUUUAUUUGUGCAAGUGCAAUUGAAGCCAUGGGUUAAAAAGGUCAUGCUGAAUGAAACGCCUGCGUGGUGACAGAACAUUCAGCAGGUUGUUGGUCUGAAUUGAUGUUACAUGUUGGUUCGUAACGGUCACCACAGUUGUAUUUAUUUGCCUCAGGGCUGACGGUAGGAUUUCUCAUCCUUUUUGCUUUAUAAGGGAGUUUGGUUACAGUUUCAUAGAGGCUCCGGGAUGUGACGAACCUGAUCGACUCUUGUAAAACGCCUCUGCUAGAUUCUGUGUCUACCUGCAGGAAUGCCUAACAAGGAGAAUAAAUCCGUCUAACUGUCA